AUGUUCACCAAACCUCAACCAUCAAUCAAAGUAGCUGCUAUACAGGCAGCACCCGUAGCAUUCGAUCUCGCCGCUAGUCUUAAAAAAGUCACCCUUCUCACCGCAGAAGCUGCAUCAAAUGGAGCAGAACUAGUAGUCUUCCCCGAAGCAUUUCUCUCUGCGUACCCCUGGAGAUAUGCAUUUGAUGCUACUGUCGGAUCACGCGAACCUCGAGGGCCUAAAUGGUUCGCGAAAUAUUAUGAGAGCUCUAUCAGGAUACCUUCUUCUGAGUUUGAUGUUCUUCGAGACUGUGCGAGGGAGAAUGGUGUCGUGUUGAGUGUUGGUAUUGUUGAACAGGCUGAGAAUGGAGGUGGGACUUUGUUUUGUACAACUGUGUUGAUUGGGAAGGAUGGAGAGUUGUUGCAUAAGCAUCGUAAACUUGUACCUACUGGUGCUGAAAGAGUAGUUUGGGGAAGAGGAGCAGGCGACUCUUUGAAAGUCGUCGACCCUGGCUUUGGGUGGAGGACUGGUGGUCUCAUCUGCUGGGAGAAUUACAUGCCCGCAGCUAGAUUAGCAUUAUAUCAACUCGGUAUCGAAAUCUACAUUAUCCCAAACGCUGACGAUGGGCCAACCUGGACAGCCACAGUCCAGCACAUUGCCAAAGAGGGACGUUGUUUCGUCAUCAGCGUGAACCAAUUCUGUAAAGUGUCGGACUUUCCCGCGGACUAUCCUCCUUUCAUAGAGGGUUCGAGCGAUCGAAACCCAGAGAAUGAGGGUUCAGUUUGGCAGAAAGAUGAUGCUGUUAAUAGCGGGGGUUCCUGUAUCCUUGGGCCUCUUGGAACUUUUCUUGCUGAGCCAGUUCGGGAUAAGGAGGUGAUUCUUUAUGCGACUUUACAACACUCGGAACUUAUCGAAGCGAGAAUGGACUUUGACCCAGUUGGCACUUAUUCAAGACCGGAUAUCUUUUCUCUGAGUGUGAACAAGAAGCCAGGAGACAAUGUAGUGUUCAAUGACUAG